AUGGCGCGCGGGAGCGUGCUCCUCCUGCUAUGGGUGGUCGCCGUCCUAGCGGAUAAACAUGACGAACAAAGCUCCACUGAGCCUGAGCAUACAACAAGUGCUCAAACACCGCCGAUUCCACUGCGACCGGAGUAUACACACCCAGCUGGCGUUGAAGCGUUAGAUCCAUAUAACUCGGAAAAGAAUAAUCCAGUACCUCACCAUCGCGAUUACUUGGAAGAAGAUUAUGAUCAUGAAACUCGAAAGGAAGAUGAGCAUGAGAACAGGGAGGACGCAGAUGAGCUACCCUCUUUAUCUGGAGAUCACCUUCUUCACAGUUCAACAGACGAUCUUCCUAUGUUUUUACUGGAACCGCAAAACGCGUAUGUGGUCCGUAAUAAGCCGGCAAUGUUGAGGUGUAGAGCGGCGAAUGCUCUUCAAGUGUAUUUUAAGUGUAAUGAGGUGCGGUCAGUUGGGAGCUCGCAAUUUGAAUUUGUGGACCCACAAAAUGGUAUUCGAAUCGUAGAAGCCGAAUGCAACGUAACAAGAGAUCAUUUAGAGGAAUAUUUUGGUGAAGACAGAUUUUCAUGCACGUGCCACGCUUGGAGUAGCCGCGGUGACAUAAAAAGUCAGCCAGCGAUAGUUGAACUCGCUUAUCUGAAAAAGCAAUUUGUGCUGUCACCGUCUCCAACAUCUGUGGAGGCUGGGUCAGCAGCGUCACUGCGAUGUUCACCUCCUGCUGGGGCUCCAACCCCAAGAAUCUCGUGGCUGAAGCACGGUAUGCCGCUACAACCUGACCACAACGUACUGAUAUCUGCUGAAGGAAAUCUGCUUAUAACAAGGGCUACACAACAGGAUAUGGCAAACUACAGCUGUGUUGCGGAAAACAUCGCCGGAAAAAGAGUAUCGGAAGCAGCCACAUUGACCGUUUAUGUUAAUGGCGGUUGGAGUUCAUGGGGCCCAUGGACACAAUGUCGAUGUAACGGUCAUAUAGCUGGCCAGAGACGAACCAGAUCUUGUACGGAACCCCAUCCCCUCAACGGCGGUGCACCAUGUCAAGGUCAAAGUGUGCAAAAAACUGCCGACUGCGUUCUAUGCCAGAGCGAUGGAUUCAAUGUGGAUCUUCAAGUGUACGAUAAUACACAACAACUUCUUAUCGCAUCGCCUGGUCGUUGGGGAGUGUGGACGGAGUGGUCAGUCUGUGGUUCAGACUGCCGACAGAAUAGAAGAAGAUCUUGUGUUGGAGAUGCAUGCUCUGGUGCUCAAGUACAGCAUGCUGAUUGCGUCGGCGACUACUGUGGUGUUCAUGGAGUCGCGGCCCACAGUGACAUACCUCUGUACAUUGGUAUAGCGGUAGCUGUGGUGGUAUUCCUUGCGGGAGCGGCUGUCGUCUACAAACUCUUACAGAGAAAAACUCGGGACCAUUCUCUGUACACUAUGACCAGAACUGAUUUCCAACCAGAAAUAUACCCGACAGUAGAGAAGCAGUCACUAUCCCUCGCGCCAGACCUAAUGCAGCAUAGACCACCUCGUUAUGAACACCCUCAGCCGGAUCCAAGAACCGAACAUCAUUAUGACGUACCACAUCUGACAAAUAGUUACGCGUCGCCUGUCGACCAUCAAGUGACUCCAUGCGCCUCGAGCAAGGGCCAGAGCGAUGAAUAUGACAGCAAACCAUACACUGAAUCAGAACAUUCAGCCUCCAGUUGUUUUACUAGUUCUGGUUCGAUGUACGACGCAGCGAACGAAUCAGUGACGCUGCAACUAGCGGAACUCGUAUCAAACUCACCAAUAUCUCAGUCACUUUCCGUAUCGAAUUCCGGGGCAAGACUGGCUUUACCCGCUGCCGGUGUCGCUUUAUCGAUACCAGAAGGUGCAGUUAGUAGGGGACGACGUGAACAAAUUUAUGUAGCCGUAGUCAAAGACGACAGAUAUAGAUCGAGGCUUGGUAAAGGUAUCACGCAACUCAGUCCAGUAGUUAAAUGCGGCCCGCCUCGUCUUCAGCUUAAUAAGUCAGUUAUCCUUCAAAUACCUCACUGCGCUAGUCUUAAACACGGCUUCUGGAAUCUCGCCCUGUACGCCAUAGAUCAUAAUAAUGCGAAAGCCGAUACACACCCCCAAUGGAAGAAGGUCGUUAGUCUCGGACAAGAAACUAUAAAUACACCAGUUUUCACUCAAUUGGACAGCGAAAAGAUAUACCUCGUUACGGACAUGCUUUCAACAUUUGUCCUUGUCGGUGAAAGUUUUAAUGGGAAGGCGGUUAAAACACUACAAUUAGCCGUUUACGCACCUGCUAUGAUAACGGACUCUUGUACGGAAUUCAAUAUACGUCUGUAUAUAUUCGAAGACACUCCAUGUGCUCCUUACUACUGUCAGGAACAAGAAAAGAAAUUGGGUGGAGUUUUACUAGAACGACCGAAAACUCUUUUAUUCCAAGACGGAGGUUCGAAUUUGUGUUUGAAUUUAGAACAUUUGAGUCCGGGCUGGAAAGCUAAACCGGGAAUCGGAUACCAGGAAAUCCCUUUCAACCAUGUAUGGGGAUCGAAUUACAAUGCACUGCACUGUAGUUUUGCAUUAGAAAGGACUUACGACUGCGAUAACAUCGACUUUACAAUCUCCGCUUGUCAAAGAACCAAUCCAUCUUAUAAACAGACAUUCCGAAUAUUAAUAGACGAUCUACGUAGCCGCUCACCCCGUGGUCGUUCGCCUCGUGAAUCUCAAAGGAGUUUUAAUAUUACUGAAAACCUUCUGGAGGCUAGAAUGUGCCGAAGUGACGAAGGCAGCGAUGGCAACCUCAAAAGGAAUGUGACCGUCAAUGAAACGGGUGUGAACGAAUGCGCUGAAAGUCCAUUCAAAUUAAGUGUAAGGGUUAAACGUCAGCUAUGCGCUAUAUUAGACCCUCCGAACGCGCGUGGUAAUGACUGGCGCGCGCUGGCAGCUCGACUCGGAGUCGAUCGCUACACGACAUGGUUUGCUACUAAGAGUUCACCCACUGAGGCUAUCCUGGAACUAUGGGAGUGUCGAGAACGUGGUCCUGGUGCAACGGCUUCCCUCGCCGCCGCACUGCGUCAGAUGGAACGUCACGAUGCAGCUGACCUACUUCACGGAAGACCUUCCUGGUUAUGA